ACGGUCAAGCUGUGGGACGCCGGGUCGGGCGCGCUGCAGCAGACGCUCGAUAUUGGAAACAUCGUCUACGCUCUCUCUUUCUCCGAUGACGGUACCUCUCUCCAGACGGACCGUGGAUCCUUGCCUAUUUUAUCACCUCUCUCUGGUGGUAUAGGUGUGACCGGUAUACAACAUCCAUCCUCUAUCUUUGUCAAUGGCCACUGGGUGAGUAGCCAUACAGAGCGGAUCCUUUGGCUUCCUCCCGAGUAUCGGCCACACUGCAUUGCUGUGUAUGGGGAUAUUGUUGCUUUCGGAUAUAUAUCUGGAAGAGUUAUGACCAUGGAACUUACUUUGUGAUAUUUCCUUAAGCUUUAUUUAACCUCCUCCCCGCCCACCUUCCUUACAGAUGGUAUCUUUUAUAUACUACAUGAAUAGCACGAGUGGCGACAGCCGAUGAGUAAUGUUUGAUUAGAAAUCCAAAGGCUUUAAAACCUGAUUGGUGCUAUUAUUGAGAGUGUUUAAG